AUGGCUCCUCAACUCGGUGACUACUUCAAGCAGGUCGAUGCCGACACCGACCACUUUAUCGAACGUCUCCGGAAGGCUGUUGCGAUCCCCUCCAUCUCAGCUGAUGUUGAGCGCCGUCCCGAUGUCGUCAAGAUGGGCGAGUGGCUCGCUGCUGAGCUGAAGGGCCUCGGUGCCUCCGUCGAGCUUCGAGAGCUCGGCGAGCAGCCUGACAAGCCUGGUUUGCAGCUGCCCCCCGUUGUGUUGGGAAGAUAUGGAAGCGACAAGAACAAGAGAACUAUCCUGGUCUACGGCCACUACGAUGUUCAGCCUGCUGAGAAGACUGAUGGCUGGGCGACAGAACCUUUCGAGCUCUCCGUCGAUGAUAAGGGCAGAAUGUUCGGCCGUGGUUCCACAGACGACAAGGGACCCGUCCUCGGCUGGUUGAACGCCAUUGAAGCUCACCAAAAGGCCAACAUCGACUUACCCGUCAACCUCCUCAUGUGCUUUGAGGGUAUGGAGGAGUACGGUUCCGAGGGUCUUGACGACCUUAUCAAAGCCGAGGCCAAGAAGUUCUUCGCUGACGCUGACGCUGUCUGCAUUUCUGACAACUACUGGCUCGGAACCGAGAAGCCCUGCUUGACCUACGGUCUCCGUGGCUGCAACUACUACUCUGUCGAGAUCAAGGGCCCUGGUGCUGACUUGCACAGCGGUGUCUUUGGCGGCACUGCCCAAGAGCCCAUGACUGACCUGGUCCGCGUUCUCGGCUCUUUGGUCGACACCGACGGCAAGAUCCAGAUUCCUGGCAUCAUGGAGCAGGUUGCUCCUGUCACCAAGGAGGAGGAGACCCUAUACGAUGGCAUUGCCUUCACCAUGGAAACUCUUCACGAGUCUCUGGGCAGCACGACCACCAUCUACGAAGAUAAGAAGUCCACCCUCAUGGGAAGAUGGCGCUACCCCUCCCUCUCUGUACACGGUGUCGAGGGUGCCUUCUCUGCCCCUGGUGCGAAGACUGUCAUCCCGGCCAAGGUCACUGGCAAGUUCUCCAUCCGUACCGUGCCCAACAUGGAGGAGGAGGCAACCAACGAGGCUGUCUACAAGUACGUCAACGAGCAAUUCGCGAAGCUCAAGAGCAAGAACUCGAUGAAGGUUUGGGCUCAGCACACGGGCAAGUGGUGGGUUGCGUCGCCCAAGCACUGGAACUUCUCGGCUGCCGCCAAGGCCACCAAGCGCGUCUGGGGCGUACAGCCUGACUUCACCCGUGAGGGUGGAAGUAUUCCCGUCACCCUGACCUUCGAGCAGGCCACCGGCAAGAACGUUCUCCUUCUGCCCAUGGGUAGCUCCACUGACGGUGCUCACUCCAUCAACGAGAAGCUGGACAAGCGCAACUACAUCGAGGGCAUCAAGCUCCUUGGUGCUUACCUGCACUACGUCGCUGAGGAGCCCACCGCAUAA